UUUUUCCCUUCUAUUCAUGUGCUUUGCGCUUUGAUUUCACCUUUUUGCCUUUUUCUUCUUUGCACCGUUUCAUUCGUAUUUGCUUCUCUUUUCCUUCUUUCCACCAUGAUGCAUUUAAAAUUUAUCUUUUUUUGUUGCUUCUCUUAUGUUUUUUGGAUUUUAUUUUCUCGAUGUUUCGCCCAAGGUGCAAACAGCAAAGUGAAUGUGAUGUUUUUAGAGUUUUCUUGGAAAAAGACACAAAUGUGCAUCUGCUAUGGCUUUGUUGCUAACAUCAGUGAAGAUGCUGCAAAAUGCAACAAUGCAAAAUAUACAAAAAAAACAACAUCAAAAUUUCAAACUUUGAAGGGCAAGUGAUUGAUUGCUAAGUUGGAAAUAAUUUCGAUUCAUUCAUCAAUCGAACGAAACCCGAUUUUCCUAUUCGAUGUGGAACGAUAAGACAGGAAGUGUAGUUCCACCCUCAUGCAUCUUGAAGCGAAAAGGCAACGCAAGGGUUUUUGGGUUCCUCGUGUGAUCCAUUUUGUGCGAAGAGAUCCCCUUUCUGUAUAGGAAUAUUAAUUUUGUCUCACGGAAUCAGUCCUCCGUUUGCCGAUGCACCAUCAUCCGUCAGCUGUGCAGCGGCAUAGGGUCUUUUUUUUAAUAAACGAUUCGGUGGGAAAUAAAAGGGAGAAAACCCAACCUUCUAAAGGCUUGCAUCACCGAACCGUGUUUUAUCUUUCCACAACCUACUGCACACGGUGGGAAAAGUGCGACCGGGACCAAGCAGUAAAGCUAUGCGAUGGGAAAUGGAACAUGGCUGGACCGUUUUAUUCGCUAGGGGUGCUACAUUUUGAUCGUAUACGGUCCGCUCAUCAAAUGCAUCGGCACACAAGCGCACUAACGGAUACGGGGGUUUGUUUUUUGGUUUUAUUUUGGUUUAAAGAUACGGCGCAUGCACACCAUACAACUGGACGUCAUUAUUGCACACACGAGCAACGGCAGCCGCUGUCUGGGGUGUAAACGGGUUGUCUUGAUAAGCGCAUAUCGUACCCUUCCUACUUUACCUUGUUAUCAGUUUUGCAACCGUACCGGCAAGCCCUGUUAGACAGGCAACACGCAGCAAAACAUGGCAUCAUUGCCUUGCGGACGACAUUCAUUGAAACGCCGCGACAGUAUGACGCAUAGUGUUAGUGUAAUGUAUUGCCGUCUGAUGGAGACGCUCGGUAGAGUAGGUUUCGUGUACUGCGCUUUGUUUACAUUGUGAGAUCACCUCUUUAGUAGUUGUUUUAUCGUAUGAAUGUCACUACGGAAAGAGCGAUCUACUAAGCGUCCAUUCUGACAGGUGUCAAAUAAAUGUCAAAUCGAUACCGAUAUGGUUUUAAACCGAUCGUUAGUUAAUCACGUUUUCAUUCUUUUUUUUUUCUUCCUUUGCAGGUGUUUCUUAUUUAUUUUCAACCAACAAAUCAGAAAGUGGAUUGCAUCGAAACUUCGAGAAAGUAGCGCAGAGUGUAAACAGUGCAGUUCCGGCAUUAAAUAACACUCGCCCGUACAAAUAAGUACACGGGGCUGUUGUUGUUCUUCAGUGUGUGUGUACGUGUUAGUGAGUGUAAUUCGCAAGUAAUCAAUUAUUCUGGCAAAAAAUGAUGCGAUAACGAGCAGUGCAGUGGAAGGGAGGGAAAAAGUAUAUAUCGACACCAAUCACUCAAUCAUUCAAAGUGUAAAAGCGGAAGCAGAAGCAACGGAGCAUUGUUGGUGCAUACGGGCAAAGGGGUGUAAAUCCAUCAAAGCAAGUCAAGCAGCAAGAAAGAAGCUUUCUAGUGCAUUACUCUGUAUUGGUGGUGGUGUGUGCGUGUAUGUUUGGGCAUGAGUAUGAGUGUUCGAUGAAAAUUAAACCUUUCGCUUGCAAAUGUGGUGCUGUGCAGUGAAAAGCGGGAAGUGGAAAAUUCAGUGACCGGAACGUCGGAAGUUGCAGCAAGCGCCAAAAACGGUGCCUGGGAAAGGAAGAACGUGUGCAGCAGCAGCAGCAGUAGUAGUGGUGAAGCAGUGAAAAUCAACCGAACGGUUCUUCCGUUCCUGGUUGAUGUGUGAUUUGAGCAUACGCAAAGUGGUUUUGUGCAAAGUGUAAAAUGCAACCUACCAUUGCAUGUUGGAUUACCAUGCAUUGAAGUGAUUGAGCUUUAAAUGCAUAUAAGUGAGCGGCGCUGAGCGUUUUGUUUCCCCGCUAGGGAAAAAAGGAAAUUUAUUUGGCAAAAGAAGGGUACCUUUACGCCUUUUUAGCCCCAUUCGUUUUAACGGCUUUAGCUUGAUAGUGAUCGAACAACAGUGUUGCCCGCUUAUGGUUGAGAAGCCAUUUCCCUGCUGCAAGCGACAAAGAUACAAUCGUCCCCCUUGGUACCGGAACCGAGAACAAGUUCCCCUGGGUGAGGGUGGUCGAUUUAAAUGCCACCACAGAUAUUGCCAAUACUGGGCAGCAGUGGUAGUACCAGCACGAAGAUGCAAUCCCGCGAUCAUCCCUUCAACCGGUCCACGAGACCGCUGCUUGAACGUCGCGCCCAACCACAGGUGGUGAGCACGAAGAAGCAGUUCCACUACGGUGGUGGUACCGGUUCGGCAGGCCAGCAGCAGCAGCAGCCAAAAAUACCGACCCGUGGCUAUAACGACUUUAACCUGAUCAGCCGUCAGUACGAAACGUGGAACUCGAACCAUUCGCACAAGGGUUACCCGUACGGUAGUCCACCGUCACCGACGCACGACGUCGGGCACGACUUUCAGUUCUCGGACAUUGAGGGACCGCAGCGGGCCCAACAUCACCAGCGCACCGUACAUCAGUACACGGUGAACAGCAACAACAGCGACGACGAUGACGACUACGACGAGCUGGUGUACCAUCACAAUCAGCUUAAUGUCGCGUCGAACGGUGUCGGGCUGAAGGUGGCCAAUCAGCAACUGCGCCGGCGGCUACUGGAUGCCGCAUCACCGACACCUCCAGUACCGCCGCAACGAACGGUGCACAAGACACCGCCGCCACCGCCACGCCGCACGGAAUCACCACCAACGGCAACCGGUGGUGGACCGGCCGAUCUUGAUGGACCGUUCGUGUUCGGUGUACAUCAUCCCAACACCUUCACGCCAGCCUACGGCACUAAGGCGACACUGUACGGUACGGGUACGGCCGCUAUUGGCGGCAAGGAUGUAAAGGAUGCGCUUCACUCCAGUCCCGACUCGAGCCAGCACAGCAGCGAUACCAGCUCGAGCGAGAAAUCACGACGCGCUUUGGUGAAGGAGAAGAAAAACUCGAAACGAUCGAAAAUCGACAAAAAAGAAAAAUCGAAACAAAAGCCUGAAAAACGAACGUCCGAAGUGAACAUACCGCCGAACGUGAAGUGUGUCCUCGUGGGUGAUGGGGCCGUCGGUAAAACCAACCUAAUACUCUCCUACAUCCAGGAUCGCUUCACACACGAAUACGUACCGACGGCAUUCGACAAGUACAAUGUGGACGUUAGCGUAGAUGGACGACCGAUCGGUGUGACGCUGUGCGAUACAGCGGGACAGGAUGCGCUCGAUACACUGCGGCAGCUUUGCUAUCCCGGUUCUGACGUUAUUCUGCUUUGCUUCUCCGUCGUCCAGCCGGACAGUUUCCGGUCUCUGGCCACCAAAUGGCAGCCGGAAAUCAGCAAGCUGAAGGGUGUCUCGGUGGUGCUUGUCGGCACCCAAUCGGAUCUACGGAACGAUCAGAAAACGAUCAGCAAGCUGCAGGCACAGGGACAGAAACCAAUCCUGUUCUCAUCUGCUUGGGACUUUGCCCGAAAGAUAGGCGCAAAGUACAUUGAAACAUCGUCACAUAAGAAGGAACACAUAAAGGAGGUAUUCGAUACAGCCAUCUGGGACGCACUGCAAUCACAGGAAUAUAGCAAACGGAAGCGACCACUCUGGAAGCGAUUAUGCUGCAUAACCUGCUGACUGGAUCGCUUGCCGUGGUGCAUGAGAACGGAAAACCAUACACCAACAACAUGAUACAAACUCAAGACUGUCAAUUCCUAUGUGCGGUGGACGGCGAGCUGCGAGCUCCAGCAAACACAAGCAGUAGAGAUUAGUAGUGCACUAGUAGUAAUUGUAGAUAAAACAAUCCUCACAAGGCAUCACGCACAGAUACGCCUCAGAACCGGCGAACAUUGAAUAGCUUUUGUCCUAGCGCGUAGGUUAAUCUAUUAUUUCGCAUUGUAAAAUAACGCAUUACGAUUGAAAGACAUCAAAAGUGAGAUAAAGUUUAGGUGAAAAGGAAAAGCCCGCGGCAUCUUCGAAAAUGCCGUGUGGGUGUAUAAGGGAUUCACAGCGCACCAUUGGAUGCACCAUUGUUUAGGUGCUGUAGCGUUGCAUUAGUGGUGGAAGAUAUUUAAUCAAACUGUUCUAUCGUUCUACACGGCGCGGCACGGCUAGCAAGCAGCUGUGUGUCCAUGUGGUAAGGUUAAUGGAUAGUUUAAGACAUUACUCAGCGAUAGGAACGCGUUUUGCGUUGAUGCUUAUUGAAUAGGGAACACAUCUGUCCGCAUGACAAAACAAACAGAUGCUGUUCGAUUUAGAGCCCCGUAUUAUAAGGUAUGCAGCAUCAGUAUGGUACGAGCGCGUACCACGGCAGCAUUAUGCUACGAUGAAGUGUCACCAAACAACGUUGAGACUUACUUGAAUAAUACUGUCAUCACAACUGACAUCGCACCAGCCGGUUAAUGAAACAUGAACGAUAAUGUC